AUUUGAUGUAGGUGAAAGCAAGCCCCCAUGUGUGUGAACUAUCAACAAUGGAUUAGGUUCAAUGACUUUAAUGCCGCUGCGAAAUCUCCUCUGCAUAGUGCUUUCCCCCUUCCAACCACCACCUCUCCAUUCAAUUUGGUGUGCCCAUUUCUCUGCACUUGACCAUUAUUCUAUUUAAAGCAAGCAAAACAGAAAGAGGGAAUCAAAAUUCACCCACCGCCAUGGAUGGAAUCGAGCACAGAACCGUGAGCGUCAAUGGCAUACAAAUGCACGUAGCCGAGAAGGGCGAAGGCCCAGUCGUUCUUCUGAUCCACGGCUUCCCCGAGCUCUGGUACUCAUGGCGGCACCAGAUUGUGGCCCUGAGCGCGCUCGGAUACCGCGCCGUGGCGCCGGAUCUUCGUGGAUAUGGCGAUUCUGAGGCGCCAGGUCCGAUUUCUAGCUAUACUUGCAUGCAUAUUGUGGGGGAUUUAGUCGGUCUUGUUGAAUCGCUGGGAGUUGGGGAAGUGUUCGUUGUGGCGCAUGAUUGGGGCGCCAUGAUCGCAUGGUAUUUGUGUUUGUUCCGAGCUGAGAUUGUGAAGGCUUUUGUGUGUCUGAGUGUGCCCUUUAGGCCGAGGAAUCCCAAGAUGAAGCCAGUUGAGAGCAUGAGGGCAUUUUUUGGAGAUGAUUACUACAUCUGUAGAUUCCAGAAUCCAGGAGAGAUUGAAGAAGAAAUGGCCCAGGUGAGUGCCAAAGAGGUACUUAGAGGCAUAUUGACAACAAGAAGGCCAGGCCCACCCAUUUUGCCCAAAGGACAAGCGUUCAAAACCAGGCCUGAAACCAUAACUGCCUUGCCCUCUUGGCUUUCAGAAGAAGACCUUUCCUACUUUGCCUCCAAAUAUGAGCAGAAGGGCUUCACUGGUGGAUUGAACUACUACAGAGCAAUGGACUUAAACUGGGAGCUGACAGCCCCAUGGACAGGGGUGCAAGUGAAAGUGCCAGUGAAGUACAUAGUUGGAGAUCUUGACAUGGUUUUCACAACCCCAGGAGCUAAGGAGUAUGUUAAUGGUGGAGGUUUCAAGAAAGAUGUGCCAUUUUUGCAGGAAGUUGUGAUAAUGGAGGGAGUUGGCCAUUUCAUCAAUCAGGAGAAGCCUGAAGAGAUUAGCACUCACAUCUAUGACUUCAUCAGAAAGUUCUAGUUCUAGUCUGCUUCUUCUUCAUCAGAUUAGCUAAUAAUAUUGCUCCUCCUCUCUCAUGGUGUGUUUCUCAAGUUUUUUAUGUGGUGGUUUUAUUUUUUAAAGGAAUUAGAUAGAAUCUUUCAGAAUCUAAGCUGCUGUUUAGAGUUGUUUUCUUAAGUAAGUUGGGUGCGUGAAAGUCUAGUACGCUUGUUUUUUUUUAUAGGCUGGAAUCGAUAGUUCUUUAGCUUUUUAUUCUUAUAAUUGGGAUGCUCACGCCCAUCCUAAUGUCUAGAUAUGGAAGACAUCAAAGGUUUUUGGUAUUAAGCUCACCUGAAUGUUUGAAUACAAAAUUUCAUGAUAGGUGAUACCAUAAAGUUCCAUUAGCUGUGGCUUGGGGCUUUUUAACAGGCUUAUAUGUGUGAAAGUCGUUCUUUGUUUUUGGUUCA